AUGUUAAUUUCUACAUGCAAAGACGAAUUUACAAAAAUCCAGAAUGGAGUUAUACUUGAUUUAUCGGUAAAAUCUUUCGACCAAGAAUUACAUCGACGUUACAAUCUUAUGUAUUUUAUUCCUAGAGAAAACCUAAAUAAACGACAAGUUGCUCGAGACGAAUAUAUAGAUGCAGAAGAGAAUGAAGAAGAUGGAAACGAUGACAAUGAUCUGACACUUAAAAAACGAAGCAUAGUUGAACCUUCGAAAAGAAAGCCAAAAGAACAAUUAAAUAAUUCAACACCAUCAGAAACAUCAUCGCCUUCACCUCUGCCAAUAAAACCAUCUGAUGUGUCAUCUGCGCCACCAAUAAGUAGUAGUAGUUCAAUUGAAGAACAAUCUACAAGAACUUUUAAUGUUAAUUCUGAAGAUAAUAAAUUAAACAAAUCAGUUCCAGUAAAAGAUGCUUUGUAUUGGUGGAGGAACGAUCCUCUUGUUAGUAUCCAUCAUGAACAUUGGCAUAUAGUUUUUGCUGCUGACGAAGUUGAUGGUGUAAAAAAAGAUAGGGAAGGGGAAAGUUUUAUUUAUAUGCACAGAUUCAUGUUAGCAAGAUAUGAUGCUGAACGUCUUGCAGCCGGAGUAGGAAAAGUUACACCUUUGAAAAAUUAUCGAGAUCCAAUACCUGAAGCCUUUUAUCCUCCUUCUCAAUUGUACGAACCUGUUGACGAGAAUGGAUCGCAUGUUCACUUUCCAUCUCGUCCUCCUGGUCAAAAAUUCCAUGACACAAAAUUUGAUGGAGAUGGAAAGGAAAAAUCGAAUUUUGUUACAGUUAAGGAUUUGGAAAAUACUUUGUUAGAAGUGGAGAAUUGGAUCGAUGGCAAUAAAACUGAAUCACACUCAUUGAACUUGUUAAAUGAUUCUAAUGGAAAUGCUGAUUUGGGUGCUGAAAUUGAACAGACACUACAUAAUGUUGGGCAUGCCAUGCUUGCUUAUAUUAUGACACCUAAUGAUCCUUUUGCUCCACCUGGUGUUUUGGUUGGUGCUCGUGCAGGAUGUCGGGACCCUCUAUUUUGGAGAUGGCAUCGUCACAUUGACAACAUUUAUGUUAGAUGGCAAACUCGAUUAGGAUUAAAUAUGUUCAGUAAUGAUAUUCCGCCAGUGAAAAUAAAAAAUAGUGAUAUUUUCCUUGGAUUUAAAGAUGAGUUAUUUAAUCUUGAUCAAAAUGGUGAUCAUGAUGGAUGGCUUAAUUAUGCCAAGAAUACAAUUGGCGGUGUAAACUUUGAUGAACCACUGGUAAAUGUUACCGGAUUCACCAAUGAAUUACAAACCACUAUGAAAAAAAGAGUUCAUAUUUGGCGUGAAGAUAUUAAUAAUACAGAAAUUGUUGAGUUUUUAUAUCCUAGAGAAUUCUUUACUUUUUUCCGGAUUGAAAAUUUAUCUUUUAAACCACUGCCGGUGACAUUCAGAGUUUUUAUUGUUCCUGAAGUAUUUAUGGACUCAUAUGUCCACUGGAUAGAAUUUGACAAAUUCAAAAGAAUAUUGAAGCCAUAUGAGAAAACAAUAAUAUCACAAGAUAGUGAUCAGGCAAUUGGUAUACGUAAGCCAGCACAAAAAUCUGUUAAACAAAUGGAAUCCACCAUGAUCACGCCCACAUACCAGGAUGAAAUAGACGCUAUGGCAAUAGAUAAACAAGCUGAAACAAUAUUUUGUGGUUGUGGUUGGCCAUACAAUAUGGUAAUCCCAAGAGGAACAAAACAAGGUCUUCGAUUUAAAAUGAUGGUAUAUGUAUCGAAUGGUAAGGAUGACAGGGUCCCGGUUGCUCCAACAUGUGGAAGUCAAUUAUUAUGUGGUAGCAGGAAAUGGAAAGACAAAUAUCCUGAUAAACAUCCUAUGGGUUAUCCAUUUGAUAGACCUUUUAUAAACAAUUCAUUUUAUCAAACAUUUGCUCAUUUACCGAAUGUUGCUAUACGUGAUUUUGUUAUUCGUUGGGUUGAGGAUUUCCCUCUAUUAGUUCCUUUGCAUAAUUAA